AUGCAACUCUCGCUUAUGACGCUAGUCCUUCUAGCACCGACCCAAGCUAUAGCAUCCGAGCUCACACGUGUCGCAACCUCCGAGCCCACCCAAGUAACCAAGGUAACUGUAAAAACCAGCACCAUCUCGAUACCCCCCGAGUUCACCCAAGCAAGCAUCGUAGCCCAGCUGCAGAAAGACUCAAUCCUGCCCGCUCCCUCAAACCCAGCUUGGAUCGAACCUUCCUGGCUGCUAUACAGCGACACCACACCCACCGAGACAUCGAUUGCAGCAGCCACUGAGGCUGCCGUCUCAGCGGAGGCUGAGACUGCGGCCGCAACACCUACGGCCAAGCCCGAUAACUGGAACAGCAACCCCAAAGAUGACAAAAUCCACGUAAUGAUCUUCCUCGGCAUCACUGGUGGCCUCUUCGGCCUCAUGGUUUCGCUGGGUCUCCUCGGCUCCUGCGUUCAAGCGCACCAGCGUCGAGCUCGCGCCAAGAAGGCAUCUGGCUCUUCUUCCAACAAUGAUCAAACUAGAGAUGUUGAGCGUGCGGCCGGUCUAGCAGGUAUCUUCAAGGGAGAUGCUAACAAUAGUUCUCGUACGCUUGUUGCGGGUGAAGCUGCGCAGCAGGGCGGUGUUGUUAUCAUGAUGCCCGAGUUUCCGGCUCCGGCAUAUCGCAAUAAUAUUUCACCUCAGGAUGUGCAUUAUCCGCAGGGUGAGGCGGUAUCUCAGGCACAGCGAGGCUCGGCUUCGAUGCGUCCCACUGGCUCUUGA